AUGAAAGUUUUGAAACCAAGAGCACUUUCCAAUUACAUAGCACAGGCUUCUUCUAAGGAAGCAAUUUCUUCUUUCUUUGAUAACCUCCAGUCUGUAUUGAAGGACAAUAAUUUGAUGGACAGCCCUGAACUAAUUUAUAAUGUUGAUGAGAAGGGUGUCCAGACUGAACACAGUCCACCUUACAUUGUUUGUACGAGUAAAACAACUCCAGCAAUAACCUCUGCCCGCUCAUCCACCACUACUAUUUUAGCCUGUGGUAAUGCUAUUGGUUCUCAAAUUCCUCCCUACUUUAUUUUCAAGGGACAGAGAAUGAGGAGUGAGUUAAUGGAGGGGUCAUCACCAGGAGCACAAGGCACCGUUACAGACAGUGGCUGGUCGAAUACUGCCAUUUUUCUUGAGUAUCUGGAAACUCACUUUCUUAAAUAUGUACAGAGACCCAAUAGUGAAACACCUGUUCUACUCAUUUAUGAUGGUCAUAAGUCACAUAUAAAUCUUCAAGUUAUCAACUGGGCAAAAGAUCAUCAUGUUAUCCUCAUGGUAUUGCCAGCUCAUACAAGUCAUAUUCUACAACCUUUAGAUGUUGGAUGUUUUAGCCCUCUUCAAAGAAUAUACAAUUCUGAAUGUCAAAAAUUUUUGAGGAACAAUCCAGCAUCUAAAAUUACAAGGUACAAUAUUUGUUCCUUGGUGUGUCCAGCAUAUGCUUCAGCUCUGUCUGUUGUAAAUCUAAGGUCAUCAUUUAAACGCAGUGGUAUAUUUCCUUUUAACCCUGCUGUUAUUACAGACAGUCAACUGGCACCAUCUAAGGCCUAUUCAACACCACAGUCUGAAUCAUGCUCCUCAUCUGAUUUACCUCAGCCAGCGUGUUCUACUGAAAAUCAGAACCAAAUUUCAAAAGAACCACAUUCAUUCUUUAAAGCUGCAGAGACAGUAAUAGUAAAUAAACAAAGGUUUGAACAAAAGACAAAAAACGCUACUUUGAGUAAAAUUGUUUCUGGGAAAUCAAUUACAACUUCUGAAAUUGAAAAACAAAUUACUGAUCAUCAAAAUGAAAUGAGUUCAAAGUAUUCAAAAUCAAAAACUAAAAGGUAUGCAAGUGGCAAAGGUAAAACAAAUAAGGUACAUAAACGUCAAAAAGUGGUUGCUAGCUCUGACUCUGAAGAUUCCUCAGAUGUUUCAGAUGAUGAGAAAUGUUGUGUUUCCAAGCCUCAAACCCAGACACUCAAUGGCUGUCACGACACUUUAGGAAAGCUAAGGAGUUGGGACUCCUCAGCUGACAAGCUGAACAUGGCUUUCAGAUUGUCUUCCUGGUGUCUUUCCAGCAUGGAAAUCAAUGACAGUAGACAGCGCCACUGCAACAAAACUGUCACAGCAUUACCUUUUACCUUUGGGGUGAGAUCUUUGGGCAAGGGUACCCUAAGAACCUCACAGAACUCCUUUGCUGCUUUCCUGUGA